AUGGAAAUCAAGAGAUCAAUCAUGAAUGAGGGCAGUGUCCACACCAUCAUGAUUGCCCUUCGUGACUUUUUGACCUAUGAAAGUGGUAUCUACACAAGGAAUUCGGAUACACUUGUUGGAAUUCAUGCUGUGCAAUUAAUUGGUUGGGGAAAAGAGAAGGGAGAAUCUUAUUGGAUUGGAGUUAACAGUUGGGGAGAAACUUGGGGAUUAAAUGUAAGUAAUGCAUUAUUAACUUUUAGCCUUAUCAAUUUCAAUAAUGUAGGGAUAUUUCAACCAAAACAACAACAAUACAGAGUGCAACCAUCCUCUCCAACUAAAAUUCUGCCAGCAACAAUCAUUAAUGAAACAAUAUCAUCCUCUCCAAAGAAGACCAAUAGCAGUAGAAGGUCCUCUCUGGUGAUUGACUAUGAAAGUCCAGAGCUAUCAAGUUUGGUCUUUGGUUUUGUUGUGGGAACACCUCCAAAACGCUCUGAUUCUCUCUCAAACAAUAGUGACACGACUAGUGUUAUGAGUUUCGGGAGCCCUCAAUCAGCACCUCCAGUCUUUAGUCCAUCCAAAAAGAGAAGCCAAUCAUUGUACAAGGAGCAACGAAUGGUAAACUCGUGCAAGGAAUUGAAGAAGAAUAGAAUUAUUCCUGUCAAUGCUGAAGUUGCCUUACCAAAGUCAAGUAGUAUGCAUGCCCUUCGUACAGAUAAAAAUGAUGGAAUCAGCAGAGGUAGAUCAUCAACAUUAGGCUCUGUUCCAAAAAGUAGCAUUUCCAGAAGCUCAUCAUUCAGUAAUAAUGGUGGUAGUUCUGCUGUGGUGGCCAAUCCUUAUUCUAUUGUUGGUCCAAGUAGUCCUAGCUCACCUAGCUCUCCGCUGCUUCUCUCUCUCUUCUCAUCCUCAUCUUCUAAUAUGAUGGCUAGCAGCAAUUUGCCUCCUUUGUGUAUUGGAAUUAACAGAAAUACUGUUCCAUUAAUACAUGUCUCAACACCUGAAGAACCUCAUGCUUAUGAGCACUUAUCGCCAACAAUCCAAGAAGUUCUACUCUCCAAACUCGAUAAAACAUCCAAAGAUAAGGCUUUGAAAAAGAUUUCUAGAGAAUCAGCCUUUGUAAAAUAG